GAAGGCAAAGGCUUCUUUCUUCUUCUACAAUUUGGCUUCUUUGUAGCAUCGUCGGCAACCAUUGGAGGACUGAGGAACAUCCUAGUGUUAUAAUAGAUUAAAUAAUAGCAGUAAAUUGAACAAGUGAUAGGAGAGAGAGAAAAGAAAAGGGGAAAAAAUGCCGAUAGGGAAGUACUACUGCGACUACUGCGAUAAGCAGUUCCAAGACACCCCGGCCGCUCGAAAACGCCACCUGCAGGGCGUCCAACACCUCCGUGCCAAAGCCCAAUGGUUCCAAUCCCUCAACUCCCCCGAUCUCUAUCAAAGUUCAUCGCAACCCUUUUCAAGAGGCGUCUGCAAUCGCUUCCUCAAUACGGGAUUUUGCCAGUACGGAGAUAACUGCAAAUAUUUCCAUCCCAACACCGAUUCCCGAAGACCUAUUCCUCAACCUGCACCAGGUGGUGGUGAGGGACCCGGUAUGACAAUGUCGUGGGGCAAUCUGCCGCCAUCCUUGCAGCCUCCUCCGGAGUCUGGUUAUCCAUCGCUUCCCUUUGUGGAUUGGGGUUAAAACAACCGGUUGUCGGGUAAGUUAGGAAUGCGAACUUGUAAAAUUUUAAUUUUAAGAGAUUGAAAAUAUAUUAUCAAUAGAAAAAAAAUUAAAUUAGUCAAGAAUUUAAAAAUUUUAGGAACAGCCACUCUGCUAACCUCCCUGGAUCCAUCCUUAUAAUUGUUCCUAUGUUCAACUUCCCUCGGUCCAUCCCUUUGAAUGUUCCUGUGCUUUUUAGACGCCAAUUUUUUCAUAUGCUGCUAUGUCUUCUUCAUUAUUUAAGCUAUAAUGUCUUUAUUAUACGCUAAUGGUAAUGCAUGUUAAAUAAAA